CGUGGGUCUGGCUUUCGAUUGCCACCGUCGGAAGCACCAUCGGAAGCAGGAGGUGGCAUCGGGUGGGGAUCGGAAGAAGCAAACGGAAAUCCGAGAGCGGCAUUAUCCCAUCUCCCCUUCUUACUGAAACACGGAAUUAUGUCCUUGAACAUUGUCGUCAUCGGAGCUGGGCUCGGCGGGCUAGCAGCUGCCCUCUCUGUCAAGGAGGAAUCGCCCCAUCACGAUGUCUUGGUCGUUGAGUCAGCCCCUGUGCUCGCAGAGAUCGGCGCUGGCCUUCAGCUCACGCCCAAUGCCACUCGGCUGUUGCUCAGAUGGGGACUGGGGCCUAGUUUGGAACACUUAGCAAGUAGCCCGGAGGAAUUUGUUGUGCGUCGAUAUGAUGGCAAAAAGCUUCUUGGUGAGCGUCAAGGCUUCGCUGCGGAAAUGCUGGAAAAGUUUGGAUCGUAUUAUUGGGACAUGCAUCGAGCCGACCUGCAGCUUGCUAUGUACGAGCGGGCAAAGGCCCUCGGUGUACGAUUUCAAUUCGGAGUUCUCAUAACAGAUGUCAACCCUUCCCUACCUGAGUUAAUAUCUGACAAGGGUGAAAGGUUCACUGGAGACUUGAUCAUUGCAGCAGAUGGCGAGUAUCCUCCUCUACCUACAGGAGACCUUGCGUAUCGGAUUGUCCUCCAUACAAAGGAUCUGGAGCAUAAAGAGCUCCUUGAUUUUACCAAGAAAUCUAGGGUCUGUUUAUGGGUUGGCCCUGGUUGUCAUGCUAUAUACUAUCCUCUUCGAAAUAAUAGCAUGAUUAACAUCGUCCUAUUGGUUCCAGAUAACUUACCUGAUAAUGUGGCUAAGAUGCCGGGCAGCAUUUCAGAAAUGAAGGAGAUAUUUCAGAGUUGGGACCCACUUCUGCGAACGUUCUUGGAUCAAGUUGACAGAGUUGAAAAGUGGAAGCUUAUGCACUUGAAUGAGCUGGAUGAGUGGUUUAAUAAAGAGGCCACCGUAGCGUUCUUGGGAGAUGCUUGUCACCCAAUGCUUCCUUACAUGGCACAAGGAGCUGGAUCUGCUCUCGAGGACGGCGCAGCAUUAGGGAUUUUAUUGUCCAAGGUACAGAACCGGGAGCAGUUACCAGAGGUACUGAAGACGUAUCAGUCUAUGAGAGCGCCUCGAAGCACUGCGUUGCAAAAAUGGAGCCUGAAACAAAGACACAUCAAUCAUCUGCAUGAUGGACCCGAGCAAGAAGAGAGAGAUCGGCUGGCAGUGUCUCAGCUCUAUGACCAGCAACCCGGAUACCCUUUCUACUGGUAUGUGGACUGUCUCCGCGGAAAAUGA